UCUCGCAGAUUUACAGGUCUGGACAAAGUGGUAACGGAAAAAUUGGUCGGCGCGAUAGUUAUCGUUUUACAAAUGGCUAUAAUACAAGACAAAUAUAAUUGAAUACAACUGUCGUGUGUUCAGUGAACUCCUAAACAUGACAACUGAGGAGGAGAGGGGCGUAGUGCGUGUCAAAGUCAAGAAGUGGGAGGGGAUGCUGCCAGUGGAGCUCCGCUCGUUUGCUGUGGAUCCUCAGAUAACAUCACUAGAGGUGCUACAGCACAUCCUCAUCCGAGCCUUUGAGUUAAAUGGCAAACGCAACUUUGGGAUAAGUUACCUGUCCCAGGACCGUGGAGGUGUGGAAGUGUAUCUAUCUCUCCUUUCUGACUUUGAUUUAGAAUCUGCUUUUGUCAGUGCAGCUAAACCUUAUCUACAGCUCAAGAUGGACAUUAAUCUCUCUGAAGACAGUCCCGUUAUGGAAGACUGGGACAUAAUAAGCCCCAAAGACGUGAUUGGUUCUGACCAGCUUCCUGGGGAUAGGAGAUCUUUGGCUGCUGCUGCCCUUCCCUUCACCCAGUCCCUGCUCUCCCAGGUUAGUGCUGCUUACAAUGACCCACCUGGGAUUCAAUCUCUCGCUGUCUGUCUCUGGGUUCAGAUGAUGGGUCGAACGCUGUCUAGAGUACAGCAGGCCUUGAGCUGGUCGUAUGGGGAGGAGGUGAAGCCUUUCAAGCCCCCUCUGAGCGAUGCUGAGUUCCACAGUUACCUCAACGGCCAGGGCCAGCUGUCCCGGCCAGAGGAACUGAGACUACGUAUCUAUCAUGGUGGGGUGGAGCCCUCUCUACGCAAGGUUGUCUGGCGAUACCUCCUGAACGUGUACCCUGAUGGGCUGACCGGUCAGGAGAGAAUGGACUACAUGAAGAGCAAGACUAGGGAGUAUGACCAACUGAAGGGGGAGUGGUCAGCGAGGGCCAGUCCAGAGGACCUGGAGUUCAUCAGGGGCAACGUACUGAAGGACGUCCUGAGGACCGACCGGGCCCAUCCCUAUUACGCCGGCUCCGAGGACAGCCCCCACCUCACUGCUCUCACCGACCUGCUCACCACCUUUGCCAUUACACAUCCACAGGUGUCGUACUGCCAAGGCAUGAGUGAUAUUGCUUCGCCGAUACUUGCUGUCAUGGACAAUGAGGCACAUGCAUUCAUCUGUUUCUGUGGCAUCAUGAAACGCCUAGAGGGCAACUUCCGUCCAGAUGGCCAUUUCAUGUCCGUAAAGUUCCAGCAUCUGAAGUUGCUUCUGCAGUACUCAGACCCCGAGUUCUACUGUUAUUUGGUGUCCCGUGGAGCUGAUGACCUGUUUUUCUGUUACCGCUGGCUGCUCUUGGAACUCAAACGGGAGUUUGCCUUCGACGAUGCCCUGAGGAUGCUGGAGGUCACCUGGAGCUCCCUGCCCCCUGACCCUCCCGAAACAGAAGUGGAGCUUCUUGGGCCGCCGCUAGAAACAGACCAAACCAUAGUGACAUGUGAGAGUGGUGUUGAAAAGAGGCCCGCCGUUACAGGGGAUGCUGGAAAUGAAGGGGAGCUGAAAGAGAAGCAGCGGAGACGACACAUGUUGAGGCCCUCAAGAGUGGAGGCAGAUGGGGGGAGAAAGAUCAAAAUGGAGGAAGGAGAGGGGGAGGACAGAGGUGCCAGAAGAGCGGGUGAGGGGAAUUUUGACAUGCCUUACGUGGGAAGGGAGAAAGCUCACAACAACGUGCCUGUUCCUUCCUUCGAGAAGCAGACCGGCUUUGGCGAGUUCAAAUACUACAGUGCACGGAACAAAGACAGCUUUGAUUUCGAGCAGAGAGACCCACCAGUGGGUCCUGUUGAGAUGGAAGCCACCUCACCCCCAUGGGAGAGAGCGUCUCUUAUAAAGGACAUUAAUAAGUCUUCCUGCCCAGAUACAGAGGAGAGGAGCUCCCCAAAUGGACAAAUAGCCUCUCCGGUCUCCUCGUUUCCUCCUGGUCUGCCAGACUGGAAAAAUGUUUCCUCUCUGUCUCCAGGCUCCACUCCCUCCCCCUCAAGUUGGAGAGGUGCCUCCCCGGACACCCCGUCACCAAAGUUCACCUCUCCCAUUUUACCCAACGGAAGGAUGGCGGUGCCGAAUGGAACCGGAGCCAACUCACCCGCUACCCCCACAGGGAGGUCCUUAGUUUCCUCUCCGCUCUUGUCUCGAGCGUUGCUCUCCUCGCCAAUUUUGUCCUUUGGGAGAGCUCUUCCUUCGCGACCCGUCGGACUGGUGAACAAGUCCUUUUCUAGUAACCUUCAAUCUCCUUGCAGCAGAGCUUUCAGCACUGCGCCCCACACUCCAAAUUCAACCAAACCAGAGAAUACCACCAUCAAACCUUGUUCCCUGCCACCUCCUCAAGAGUUUGGCAAAGGAAAUCCUUUCAUGUUGUUCCUGUGCCUGUCGAUCCUGCUGGAGCAUCGAGACCACAUUAUAAAGAACGGCUUUGAUUACAACGAGCUGGCUAUGCACUUUGACCGCCUUGUUCGUAGACACAAUCUGGGCAGGGUGCUGCAGCGCGCCAAGGCCUUGUUUGCAGACUACCUGCAGAGUGAGGUAUGGGACUCAGAGGAAGGGGAUGAGGUCAGCUCGGAUUCGCCCACCACAGUCACUGCUGCUCUGUAUUCCCCGCCCCCCUCUGCCAGCAGGCUUCUUUUUACCCCUUUGUCAUCCCCACAACCAUCCUCCCCAAACUCCACCUAUAACCUGGCUGACACCAUACCUUCCUUGUCACCUGUCUCCCUCUCACCAUCCUCUUGACUUCUGUCACUAUAUCCCCAACACACUUGCAUUACACAGAUUUCAAAUGUUUUAUAUUUUUUUAUUUCACCUUUUAUUUAGCCAGGUAGGCCAGUUGAGAACAAGUUCUCAUUUACACCUGCAACCCGGCCAAGAUCAAGCAAAGCAGUGUGACACAAACAACAACACAGUUACACAUGGAAUAAACAAACGUACAGUCAAUAACACAAUAGAAAAGUAUAUAUACAGUGUGUGCAAAUGAAGUAAGAUUAGGGAGGUAAGGCAAUAAACAGGCCAUAGUGGUGAAAUAAUUACAAUUCAGCAAUUAAACACUGGGGUGAUAGAUGUGCAGAAGAUGAAUGUGCAAGUAGAGAUACUGGGGUGCAAAGGAGCAAAAGAAAAAUAACAAUAUGGGGAUUAGGUAGUUGGGUGGGCUAUUUACAGAUGGGCUGUGUAUAGGUGCAAUGAUCUGUAAGCUGCUCUGACAGCUGAUGCUUAAAGUUAGUGAGGGAGAUAUAAAACUCCAGCUUCAGUUAUUUUUGCAAUUCGUUCCAGCCAUUGGCAGCAGAGAACUGGAAGGAAAGCCGGCCAAAGGUGGUGUUGGCUUUGGGAUGACCAUUGAGAUAUAGCUGCUGGAGCGUGUGCUACGGGUGAGUGUUUAUUAUGGUGACCAGUGAGCUGAGAUAAGGCGGAGCUUAACCUAGCAAAGACUUAUAGAUGACCUGGAGCCAUUGGGUUUGGUGACGAAUAUGAAUCGAGGGCCAGCCAACGAGAGCGUACUGGUCGCAGUGGUGGGUAGUAUAUGGGGCUUUGGUGGGAUGGCACUGUGAUGAGUGGGGUGUUGGAGGCUAUUUUGUAGAUGACAUCGCUGAAGUCAAGGAUCGGAGGAUAGUCAGUUUUACGAGGGUAUGUUUGGCAGCAUGAGUGAAGGAUGCUUUGUUUUGAAAUAGGAAGCCGAUUCUAGAUUUAAUUUUGGAUUGGAGAUGCUUAAUGUGAGUCUGUAAAGAGAGUUUACAAUCUAACCAGACACUUAGGUAUUUGUAGUUGUACACAUAUUCUAAGUCAGAACCGUCCAGAGUAGUGAUGCUGGGCGGGCGGGCAGGUGCGGGCAGCGAUCGGUUGAAGAGCAUGCAUUUAGUUUUACUUGCAUUUUAAGAGCAGUUGGAGGCCACGGAAGGAGAGUUGUAUGGCAUUUUAAGCUUGUCUGGAGGUUAGUUAACACAAUGUCCAAAGAAAGGCCAGAAGUAUACAGAAUGGUGUCGUCUGCGUAGAGGUGGAUCAGAGAAUCACCAGCAGCAAGAGCGACAUCAUUGAUGUAUACGGAGAAAAGAGUCGGCCCGAGAAUUGAACCCUGUGGCACCCCCAUAGACAGCCAGAGGUCCAGACAACAGGCCCUCCGAUUUGACACACUGAACUCACUCUGAGAGGUAGAAUUAUGAAUGAAUUUACCAGAUAGUCAAAUCAAUUUAUGAAGAAUUUACCAGAUAGUACUGGCGUACUCUAGCCAUUUGUCCCAUUAUCGUUGCUCAUCUCAUUUAGUUCUCCACCCAUACCAGACUUGACUGGAAAGUUAAUGCUGAUAGUCCUCACGCUUCCAUCAAGUUUUCACUGUUUCACAAUGUUCUAUUUUUGCCUUCUCUUUUAGUUACAGGUAUAAUUAAAUGUUUCAAACACAUUUUUUUAACUUCUUAUGAGGGCCCAGGGCUAGACACAUUUAUCACAUGUUGCCCACAGGAAAUGUUGUUUCUAACCUUAUAUUGGACAAGCCAGAAUUGUGUCUUCUUGACCAAAGAGCUGUAGUUGUGUGAUCACACUGCUAAGAACCAACACUGCCACUUUGCUAGUCUUGACUUCAUUAACGGCAGUGUGUGUGGUUACUGGUUUAAGCCCCUCUAUUCCCUGACUUGGCUGCAGUUGGAGGGAACAGUGGGCACUUGCCAUUGGAACUAUGAAAAAAUGUGAAUGGAUCAUGUGAUUCUCUUAAAUGCCCUCUUCUUGAGAAUAUGUCAAAUAUGCCUGUAUUUGACCGUACACAUCCCAUCAUAGUGAUUAUGAGGACAUAACUGAGUUUUGUAAAUGUUAUAUUCAUGAGUCAUAAUUGCAUACUGUUGAUCACCUCGGGUAUCAUUACCUUUUCUAUCAAAAUUAUUUCAGUACUGUAUAUCAUUUUGUGUUGCAAGGUCACAUUUUCAGUAUCAAGGUGAGAUUAAGUUCUUUCCAAAUAAACUAUGAAGUAUGGUGUGCUGUAUAGGAAUCUGAACGGCAAAGAAAAGUUAUAUUGGGAGAGGCCUUUUCUGAAAUUAAUGGGUUUCAUUACUGUAGUUUCAUGGACAGUUUCUACAUUUGCUCUCUCAAUUGACUUUGUUUGCUUUUAGAUCGCAUAUAACUGCUGUGAACUGAACUUUAUAUUAAGGGGAAUGUUUUACUAUUCAUGGGUUUAAUGAAUCAAUGGAUCAUUCAGUCGAUCAAACUGUUUAAUAUGUCACAUUGCACAAAUUAUGCAUUUGUCCUGAUCAUGAAUGGCCCUGUGAUCAUAGGGGAUGGAUAAAUUGUACAUAGCUACUAUAUGGUGCUAAAAUAUUUAACUAGAGUAUGAUUAAUCAUGGCUGUAGGAGAGUGGUUAUAAAUAUAUGUAAACAUAAAAAAAUAAGGAUUAUGUUAGUCUGGGAUUUAUUGAUUGGUUGAGCUGUACUCUGAAGCGAAACAUUUCACUGUGAAUGAUAUUGCCCGCUUUCAGCAGGGCACAACAUUGUUGAACGUCCAGAUAUAAAUAUAUUAUGUCGAACAAAAAUGCCUCUGACAUGUAGAAUUAAGGUUGGAUUCAUGGAAAAGCCUCAUCUUCAAAAAGUACACUUCAGGAAUAGAUUUUUUUUUUAAAUAUAUUUUUGGAGCUCUUUCAAAGUCUUGGGAGUCACGUCAGCUCUUUUUAUUACAUUUCUUUCUGCGAUGUUCCACAAUGUUUGCCCAUUGAAUAUUACCCUGGUAUCAUGUGCAGUAGCAAUGGAAAUGGGGUGAAAGUGCAUCUAUCUCCAAAAGUUGUGUUUUAGUAGCAUUGAUUUUGUUUGUUUUUGUGUGAGCUUGAUACUAAUCUUAAUUGAGUCUUUUUGGCGGAGUAAAUAAUCUUCAUAUUGAACAGCUUGUGCAUAGCCAUUAAGGUUGGUUAUCACAAGGCAAAUGUAUGCCUUUGUGCGACCUACCAAAACCACAGGGUCCUUUUUGGAACAUUUUGUAGGAGUACUUUUUAUUUAACCCUUAUUUUACCAGGUUUAAGUGCUAUGUAUCAGGCAAGGGGGGUUGAUAUCAGUUGAAAUGCCAAUACCCAGCACAAAAUGCCUUCAUCAGGUGAAGUAGUACAUCUAGCUGUAGGUGUAGAGAAGACAUGUGGAAGACAGGCCAGAAAAUGGGUUGAGUUGGUGUCUCUAAGUAUAUUUAAGCAAUAAGGUCACAGGAUGUGUGGUAUAUUAGCCAUAUUCCACAAACCCCUGAGUUGCCUUAUUGCUAUUAUAAACUGGUUACCUUCAUAAAUAGAACAGUAAACAAGUAUUUUUGCAUCAUACUGUGGUAUAUUGUCUGAUGUACACAAGGCUGAAUGCUGUUUCAGCCAACCAGCAUCCAGGACCCAAACUACCCAGUUUAUAAUGUCUAUUUAAGUGUGAAAUCCAAUGUCGGAGUGGACUUGUUGCUGGCAUGCUGGACACAUUUUGAAAUGGAUCAUAAUCUCGUAAUACACCAUGCCUAAUGUGAAGGAUCACAUGUUGAAAGAAGACAUGGACACCUUUUCAUGAACACUAAGUGGUCGUAUUGUCUGUCAUUUGGAUUUUAAAUCUUAUUCAUAUACCAGGUGUAGAUGGUGUCAUGGAUAAUAAUGCCCAAACUGAAUAUUUUAAUGAUCCAGAAAACAUAAUCAUGAUGCCCAUCUGCAUUAGUCCUAUGUGGGAGAAAGCAUCUUUUAUGAUAAAUGUAAUUACUUUGCAUUUUCUCUCAAGUGUUCUAAGUUCCUGCCUUUUGAUUCGCCCUUCUGAGUGCAAUAUUCCCCCAACAGCAUUGCCCAUAUUUCUAAUACUUUGGUAAUGUUAAUUUCAUUUGAGGUUGUAGAAAGAUAUGAAAAUCAGGAUUUUUUUUAUUUUUUAACUGGGCCAGGCCUUUUUAACAAGGAUCAAAAGUUGUCCUGGAUUUGUUAUGCUUAUGAUUUCAGUUGAUAUGAUUAUUUGUUUUCUUUGUUUUUGUAUGAUAGUGUUAUAAAGCCUGUUUUAAACAUUUACCCCUUGAGAGAACUUGUUGGACUGAAAUGCUAGCAAAAUGCGUAUUUGUACAAUAAACAAAUGCAAUAUUUGA